GAGUGGUGAAAACAGCAGUAGCAUUAACAGAGUGAAGGUGGCCUUUUCUUGCAAGCACACAAGUUUUUCUUAAUAAAAGUUACAGAUUAUAAGACAAGCAACAUGGGCUACGAUAUAGAGCGCUUUGUUGGCUAUGUGAAUGAGGGACUUCUGUGCUGUAUUUGUCGAGAUGUGCUGGAAAACCCACUUCAGGCACCUUGUGAACAUGCCUUCUGCAGUACCUGCAAUGGCUGGUUGGUGCAUCACCAUAACUGUCCUGAAGACAGGACAUCACUUGAUGUUUCAGUGUUGCGGCCUUUAUUCAGGUAUAUGAAGAAUGAUUUGAAUCGAUUGCAGAUCCGAUGCAGAAACAGAGAACAUGGCUGUGAUAUGGUGUGCUCACUUGAAUCUGUAGAUCGGCAUGAGCGGGAGUGUGAAUAUAGCCAGAUUCCUUGCAUCAAUGCCAGUUGUCCAAUUUUGGUAGAGCGACGUAACCUGGAAGCACAUCUAGCAGUUUGUGAGUACAGAAGUCGAGAGUGCCCAAAUGGCUGUGGUUACAUUAUUUUGAGUGCAGACGAUGCACAGCAUAACUGCAUAGCAGAACUGAGGACUGAGCUGGAGCUGCUGCGGUCAGAGAUGAUUUGCAAAGUGGAAGAAGUAAAGCAUGAAAUGGAGUCCAGACUAGACUCUCAGAGACGUCACAUGGUACAGAAGGAGAGUCUGCUAAAAAAUGAAGUUGAAGAACUGAAGAGCCAGAUGUCUCGAGUUAUGUCUGAUAUCCGCACCUUACUGGCCGCAGAGAGACUGCAUCGACAGGAGCUGGAGCAGGCAGAACUGGAAAAGAGAGAACUGAUGGAGUUGCUUCAAAGCUUUCAAAGAGAUAUCCGUAUGGAAGGUGGUGGACGGAAAGCAGUGGGUUCCCGGACCCUAACUCGCCUAGACAGUAUGAAAAGAAAACCUAGGGAGGUCACCGUCAUCUAAAUUCAUGUAAUUUUAUGUUAACUAGAAGCUCUGUUCUAUUGUAAACAUUAAAAAUGUGUUUGUUUUAUAUUCUACAGUGCAAAAGCACAAUGUAUA